AUGGUACGAAAUAUACUUGGUAAGCUUGACUUGAUAAACAUUAGAGAACUGUGUGACCAGGUUUUGUCUCUUUCAGAGUACAAAGCACAACUAUAUGAUUAUCUUAAGAGUAGGAUGAACACUAUUACACCCAAUUUGACUGCUCUUAUUGGGAAGCUUAUUAGUGCUCGCCUUAUUGCCCAUGGCAAGUGUUACAAUGGUGGUAGCUUCCUCAAUCUUGCAAAGCUGCCAGGGAGUACUGUACAAAUACUUGGUGCUGAAAAGGCUCUCUUUAGGGCCCUAAAGACUAAGCAUGCUACCCCAAAUUGAGUUAUUUAUUAUGCAUCAUUAAGUCAGCCUGCUCAAAACUUUAAGGGUAAAAUUUCUCGAUCACUUGCUGCAAAGACAGCAUUGGCGAUUAUGGAAGAUGCUCUUAGACAUGGUCAACAUAAUUCAAUGGGAUUGGAAAACAGAGCCAAGCUUGAAGCACGCCUAAGGAGUCUUGAAGGCAAUGAACUAGGUAGAUUUGCCGGUUCAACUAAAGGAAAGCCAAAGAUAGAAAGUUAUGACAAAGAUUGGAAGAAGGGAGUUGGAGGCUUCCGUCAAGCUCCUCACAGUGUGUUUGUGGAUGAGGAAAUGCAAGAGCUUCCUGUUGCUGAAGAAAAGAAAGAAAAGAAUAAAAAGAAGAAAGAGAGAAGUGGGGACGACGAUGCUGCUCUACAAGCUGAUGCUGGCAAGGAAUCAGAUCAGGUGGAAACUGUAAAGAAGGAGAAGAAGAAGAAACGUAGGGAUUCUGCUAAGGAUGGCCAGGUGCAGGCUGAGGAGGAUUACAGAGAUGGUGAAUUACAGUGA